GGGAGUGGCUGGUUGUGCUCUUUAUAUUCAAGAGACUCACGGGAGGUUUAAAGUCUUGAAAGUUUCGGGGCAAAGUUCUUGUUAGAGUUGAAAUUGACCUCAUCCCUAAAACUGGCGAUAUUUAAGGUUCAUCCCUUAAGUAAUGCUAAAUUUGUUGGGGAUUUUGACUCUAUCCGUCAGUUUUGUUAAAAAAUAUCUCCAUUAAAUGAGUCUGAAAACAAAAUUAUUUUUCAAACAUUCGUUUAGGAACAACCCCACAGGAGACUGUUCACUUAACAGGCCCAGUCUCCAUUUACAUACAGAGAAAAAUACGGAAAUUAACUUGUAGGAACUGUGUUCCCAGCAAAAUGCACCUCACACGGCUCCUUAUCUCACAAUGGAAACAGCGGUGGCGUCUCCCUGCCACGUUCCCGAUGCUCCCGGUGGUGACGCUGACGGCGAUUCUUCCCCUGGUGUGUUCCCUCGUCACCUACACCUUUGUUUCACUGCCUGACAAUUCCAUCGCCCUGAACCAGAACGGUGCCUUGUUGGCCCUGCUGGUGUUGCUAAAGAUCUUCGUCAUAGGCGCCACAGGGAGGCUGCCCAUAGACCUUAACAAGUUAUUCUCCGGGCGACGCAGCAGGAGGGACGCGACCUAUGUGGAUCAGGAGGACCUGGUGGAGGAUCUUCCCUGCACAGUAAGGAUCCUGUGUGAGUUAGAGACGGCUGCCAGAACCGCCAUGGAUGACCUGCUCCCUGAUGCUGACAGCCUGCACCAUGAUGUCAUCAUUUCUGCCAAUUCUGGCAUUGAAGUCACCAACGAGUAA